AUGAUGGACGACGAAGAUGAUGGAUUAGAAUUAAAUUUAGUUGUAAAAAAGAAGGUACAACCUCUAAAAUCAACAACACCAACAAUAGCAACAACAAUAACAUCAUCAUCAUCAUCAUCGACAACACCAACAACAACCUCCACAAUAAGAAAACCAAUACUUCAAAAUAAUAAUAAUAAUAAUAAUAAUAAUAAUAAUAAUAAUAAUAAUAAUAAUAAUAAUAAUAAUAAUAAUAAUAAUAAUAAUAAUAAUAAUAAUAAUAAUAAUAAUAAUAAUAAUAAUAAUAAUAAUAAUAAUAAUAAUAAUAAUAAUAAUAAUAAUAAUAGAAAUAAAGUAAUUACACCAACAACAACAACAACAACUAUAGAAACACAACAAAAGUUUAGAUACAAACAAGAAGAAGAACAACAACAAACAAACACUCAAACAAACGAUAAUAAUAUUAAUAACAAAAAAACAAAUAAUAAUAAAUUUAUUAAAGUAGAAAGAUCAAGAAUACAUAACAAAGAUGAAAGUUAUAAACCAACAUUACCAUCAGUCGAACCAAAAAAGUCACAUAUCGAUUCAAAAGAAGUAUUCACAGCAGGAUCAAACUUUGGAGACAUUACAUCAUUGUCAUCGAGAAUGACCGACAACUUGAUCAACAAUAUGAAGAUUACACAACCUACACUCAUUCAAUCCUCCUCUAUUUCACAUGUACUCCAAGGCAGAGAUGUUAUGAUGAAGGCACAAACUGGUAGUGGAAAGACAUUAGCAUAUCUCAUACCAAUCAUACAGAUAUUAUCAUCUUAUGAAAAAAGAAUUACUCGUGAAGAAGGUGCAUAUGCAAUUGUCAUUGCACCAACAAGAGAAUUGGCUAUUCAAAUCUAUCAAGUAUUGGAGAAACUCUUAAAACCAUUCCAUUGGAUCAUUCCAGGUGCAAUCAUGGGUGGUGAAAGUAGAGACAAGGAAAAGAAACGUCUUAGAAAAGGUGUAUCUAUCGUUGUAGCUACACCUGGUAGAAUGUUGGAUCAUCUUAGAAAGACUCAAUCCUUUAAAAUAGCUAGAACUAGAUUCUUGGUUUUGGAUGAAGCUGAUAGGUUACUCGAUCUUGGCUUUGAAAAGGAUAUCACUGCCAUCAUUGAAUUGUUAAAUAUCAAUAGAACAAAGAUUUUAAAACCAGCUACAAUCAAUACUGAUACCACCGUUGCAACUACAACCACCACCACCAGCAUUCCAACAUCACCAUUUGUACACAGACAAAAUAUAUUGGUCUCUGCCACUUUGACAGAGGGUAUCAAUAGAUUGGCAAAUUUAUCUCUAUAUAAACCUGUUUAUGUUGCUGUUGACAAGUCUCAAGACAUUAUGGUUGAUGACCAAGCCGAUGGCGACGAAAUGGACGAAAAACAAACACUUACAGUAAAGGAAGACGGAGACAAAACAACUUUGGAUACAUUAUUGAAAAACUCUACCCUUGUAGCACCAAAACAAUUGGAUCAAUAUUAUGUUGAAGUUGAAGCAAAGGAAAGAUUAGUUGCUUUAGUUUCUUUUAUGAAAUGGAAAACUACUCAAUCUCAAAUUUCAACAGGAAAUUCAAAAAUGAUAGUAUUCUUUUCAUCUUGUUCUUCAGUAGAUUUCCAUUACCAUUUGUUUACAAAUGCAAAAUUGGAAAACAAAAAGAAGAAAAAAGAUGAUCAAGACCAAGAUGAUGAUGACGAUGAAAAAGAAAAAGUUGAUUUGUUUGACACUCCAGUUUUUAAAUUGCAUGGUGAAAUUGAUCAAAAACAUAGAACCGAUACCUUUUUCAAAUUUCAAAAAGCUAAAAAGGGUAUAUUGUUAACAACUGAUGUUGCUGCACGUGGAUUAGAUUUACCACAAGUUAAUUGGAUUAUUCAAUAUGAUCCAUGCUCUGAUACCAAAGACUAUGUACAUAGAAUUGGUAGAACUGCACGUAUUGGACACACGGGUUCUGCCAUUAUAUUCCUUCUCCCAACGGAAAAGAAAUAUGUUCAACAUUUGGCAAGAUUGGGUAUUGACCCAUCAGAAAUGAAUGUUACUACAAUCUUUCAAAGUCUUUAUCACUCGACAGAUGGUCAACUAAAAAAAACAAAAAGAUCAACUCAAUUGGAAUCACAAGUUCAUGAUCUACAAUUGAUUCUUGAAAGAUUAAUCCUGGAAGAUGAGGGAGCACGUGACCUUGCUAGAUUGGCAUAUCAGUCACAUCUUAGAGCCUACUCUACCCAUAGAGCAGAAUUAAAAUAUGUCUUUCAUAUUGGUAGUUUACAUCUUGGUCACAUUUCAAAAAGUUUUGCUUUACGUGAAACUCCAACUGAAUUGAAUAAAAUAACAUCAAAACAAGAGAAACAACAUAAAAAGGAAGAGGACGCUAAAAAGGAAAAGAGAUCAACUGAUUAUAGAAUGAAACAUUAUAAACAGACAGAUGAAUUUGGAAAUGGACUUGCAGCAAGCACAAAUCUAAAGAAAAAGAGGACAAAUGAUGAAAUCGAUAGUGGAGAAACACAACAAACCGAAUCAGCAGGUGCUGCUGCUGCUGCUGCUGCUGCUGCUCAACCACCAACUGCAACAGACGUUUUACCAAAGGUUGUACCAAAAACUCAAGCACCUAUCCAACCCUUGAAAAAGAUUAAAAGUGCUGGAUUUUAA